AUGCUGAAUAAAUCGAUCUGGCAGAAGGUAUCAAAACUAAAAGAGUUUUCAAAGUCUCCGGAGCCACUUUGCUGCCUUGAAGUCCAAAAGAUAGGCAAAUCAAAAACUUCCCCUGUAACUGUAGUUGUCGAUGAUUAUAAUAUUUAUUUACUUACAAAACACAUUUUCAAAGGCAAUCUUAACGUCACUCACACAAUAAAGUUCACAGAUUUGAAACAGGUCGUCUUGCAUGAUGAAAGCAAGCUUACUCUUGGUUCAGUUCAAAAAAGUGUUACUCUAAACUCAGAAUACGCUAAAUUUAUCUUCAAAAGAAUUGUCGCACAAGUCAAAUCAAUGCUUCUCCCUUCCGAAAUGCCAACAAUCGAAGAUCGUCAGCGUAUUUGCGGAGAAAUCGAACCAGCUGGCAAUUCAUUUUUACUCCGAUUUGGAUUACUCACACAGAAGCCAAAUCCACAACCAAACAACCAAUUCUAUCAGGAUCUUGAAGAAGCUUACAUUUAUCCGACAAAACAAGGAGAACUAGAUCUGACAUUACUUACAGAUGCAGCUCCAUUCAUGAAAACACUUUUGGAUUCAUUGCAUGCCGAUCCUACCAUUAAUUCUGUUAUUAUUCCAAAGAAUCAUCAUAAUGCAACAUUUUGGAAGACAGUUUCUAAAUUCCUGAGAACAAAUUCAACAAUUGAAUCAAUCAUUACAGAAGAUGGCGUUGAUAACGACUUCCAAUGUGUCAUUGAAGCUUUAUCCGCAAAUCCAAAGUCAAAACUUCGUUCCCUCAUCUUCCUUGACAGUUCAACCCUUACUAAAGACCUUUCAGUUGUUAUUGCCUCCACUUUCUCAAUCCGACCAAUUAAAUGUAUCGGAUUUUACGGAGGAAUGCAGAACAACUGCUUCGAAGCCUUCGUACAAGAAGCAAACCGAUAUCCUUUCUUUGAAUCCGCUACAAGGCUCGAAUUGGACUCAAUUUCAAAGGGAAAUCCAAUUCCGACGAUUCUUAAGAUGAAAUGGCUCCAAGAGAUUCGUAUCCUUGCCUGCCAGAUCAACGUCAACGAUAUCAUGCACAUGGCCUCAGAACUCAAAUCUUUGAAGUCAGUUCACGUAACAAAUCUGAAAUCGACCGAUAAAAUUGACAGUUACGAAAUUCCAAAUACACUAGAACAACUCUCGAUUACGGAAUGCAAAUUUAGCAAGAAUUCUUUGUCUAGUCUUUGGGCGAAUAUCAUGAAACAUCAUCCGACAUCAAACGCCUUCGAUUUCAUACUUAACUCUAUCAAGGCCGACUUCGACGAUUUAUUCUACGUAAUGAAUACCGCUGGAUUCUCUCCUUACUUGAAGAGUUUCACAUGGAAGAAGAACCAGACAGAUUCAGAGUUUUUCAAGGCCAUUUCGGACUUCCCCAACCUCGAAAUCGUCAAUUUAACGCAGUCUCUUAAUACAAAAGCGCUUGAUGCUUGUGCAAAUUUCAUAUUCAGGUGCACGAGCCUCAAGAGACUUAUAAUUGACGGCCGAAAGAAGAAAGCAUUAGGCAAUGAUAUCAUUCCUCUCUUCAAACUCCUUGGAAGAGGAAAUACGAAUUUUGAAUACGUAUCUUGCCAGCAACAAGACUUAACUGACGAGAGUUUACCAGAUAUUGCAGAUUUCCUAUUCGAAAACAAGAAGAUUUCAUCUGCAAAUUUCGAAAAUAAUAAUUUUUCGAAUGUAAACUCAAUCAAGUCAUUCUAUGAGAAGAUUAUGCAUCGUGGAACACCUCUUUCCAUGCCAUUCCCAUCACAUCUCAUCAAGAAAUUGCAAAAGAAGAAUUUAAUUUCAGAUGACGACAUUUCUUACAUCAAAGAGUGCCACAACCAGAUGGAAGCUGGCACAAACAACGCUGUCGAGACAAUUGGCCUUGUACAGUCACGAGAUGACGAAUACGACCGAAUUUCUGUUUCACAGGACGUCAUCAUGGAUCUUCAAGAAGAAGUUGUUGUUCAGAAGGCUACUAUUGUCAUGCCAGAAGGGGAUCCAGUUGAUAACUUGAAGGACGAAAGCGACUGGACACUUAUGACAGUUCCUAUUCCCGCUCCAGACAAUUCACAGCCUCUGAAAGAGAUUGCAGCUUCAUAUUCAUUUGAACAGAUUUAUUCUGCUUUUAUUGCAGUUUAA